AUGUCGGGAGUGGUCCGCACCCUGAGCCGCUGCCUGCUCCCGGCCGAGGCCGGCCGAGACCCGGGCAGCAGCAAGGACAGGAGUCGGCAGAGGGACGCGGCGCAGGAGCGGGAGGCGCGGCGCAGGAGCAGGGAGAUCGACAAGAUGAUCGACCGGGAGAGGAGAGCCGUCCGCCGGCUGGUGAAGAUUCUGCUGCUGGGGGCCGGAGAGAGCGGAAAGUCCACAUUUCUCAAACAGAUGCGAAUCAUUAACGGGCAGGAGUUUGACCAGAAGGCACUUCUGGAUUUCCGAGACACUAUCUAUGAGAAUAUACUAAAGGGCAUGCGUGUGCUGGUGGAUGCCCGAGACAAACUGGGCAUCAGCUGGCAGAGCUGCGAGAAUGAGAAGCAAGGCAUGCUGGUGAUGUCAUGGGAGGGACGUGUGGGUGCCACGGGGGUGGAGCCCAGUGAAUUUCAGCUGUACGUGAUGGCGCUGAGUGCACUGUGGGCAGAUGCUGGAAUACAGAAGGCCUAUGCACGACGCUCUGAAUUCCAACUGAGUGAGUCAGUCAAAUACUUCCUGGACAGCUUGGAUCGUAUUGGUCAACUGAGCUACAUCCCAAACAAGCAAGACAUUUUGUUUGCGAGGAAGGCAACGAAGGGCAUCGUUGAGCAUGACUUUGUCAUGAAGAAGAUUCCUUUCAAGAUGGUGGAUGUUGGAGGGCAGAGGUCCCAGCGGCAGAAGUGGUUCCAGUGUUUUGAUGGAAUCACAUCCAUACUCUUCAUGGUUUCAUCAUCUGAGUACGACCAGGUUUUGAUGGAGGACCGGAGGACAAACCGUUUGGUGGAGAGCAUGAACAUCUUUGAGACGAUUGUGAACAACAAGCUCUUCCUCAACGUGUCCAUCAUCCUCUUCCUCAACAAAACCGACCUCCUCGUGGAAAAGAUUCGCACCGCAGACAUCAGCAAAAAUUUUCCAGAGUUCAGAGGAGACCCGCGCAGGCUAGAGGACGUACAGGCGUUCUUGGUGCAGUCGUUCAGUCGUAAGAGGCGAAACCGGGGCAAGCCGCUCUUCCACCACUUCACCACCGCAGUUGACACAGAAAAUAUUCGUUUUGUCUUCCACGCCGUCAAGGACACCAUCUUGCAAGAGAACCUCAAAGAUAUCAUGCUGCAGUGACCUUGGCACGGACUCCCCAGGACACCCAGACACAAACAUUAGCUGCUCUGAACAGGAACUGUGAAAGCCGCCAUGAAUCCCGGCCUGCUGACUCUGCCCACUUGACUCGUGCUUGGACAUGACACAGCGGCAUGCGAGCAGAUAAUAACACUGACCUGUGGGGCAGCCAGAUAAUCCACACAGUGGAUCUGACUCAACUCUGAACCCGUGGAGCCAGGAAGUGACUCUGAGCCUGUUGGCCCACACGGGCCCCUGUGGAGGCCCAGAAAGGACCUGACAUUUAACCUGUGUGAACGCCGGAAAAAUACUUGUCUCCUCACUUUCCUCAACACUUUAAGCAAAUGUUUAAAAAUGGAAAAGGAAACCAUUUUUUGUUGAAAAGCACCAACUACAUGAGCACUGAAAGUGUUUUUUUUUUUUCUUGGAUGUAUAUAUGAAUAAUGACAAACAUGUCACUAAACCACACAAGACUGCUUGCUGAAACGGAGCUGGACUGAGUGUGGAAGGAAGGAAGGAAGGAAGGAAAAGAAGUUUAGCCAGAGUUGGAGAAUGUUUCAUCCGAAAAUACAGUCAUGUCCACAAGUACUUGAACAGUGACACAAUUUUGAUCAUUUUGCUAUUUUAUGCCACCACAGUGGAGUUGAAAUGAAACACGAUGUGCUUGUAUUGUAGACUUUCAGAUUCAAGUUAAGAGGUUUAACAAAAAAUAUAUUUUACAGAGUCUCUCCAUUUACAGAGCCCAUAAGUAAUUGGACAAACUCAAUAUAGGGAUUAUUGUUCAUAAAAAAAACUUCACUUUUACAGCCAGUUUACUUUCAGCAAGUCAGAGGGUGGAUACAUGAACAUUUCCUAGUCACUGUAUACAUGUUAGAUUUCAUUUCCAUCAAUCAUUAUGAAAUACAAACAGCAUAGAAAAUCUGUGUGGAGUUGGCUGCAAACUGAGUGAAGAGGAAGAUUUGUGAGGAAAGUCAUCAAGAAUAAGAUAACUCUGAAGGAGUUCUUGCCUUCUGUAGCUGUAACUGGAUAGGUGCUAAAUUGUAUGUUGCAGUCACCAUUUUAUCUAAAAUGAACAAGAGAACUUUCAGGUGAAGUUUGCCAAAAGGAUACAUGGGAUACAUAUUAAAGACUUUUUCUGCUCCACUCCACUACAAAAGUCUUACUGGUGAUGCAAACCGCAAAAGCAGCACAAUCCCCAGUUUCCACAGUCAGCCACAGAAGCCUCUCUCCUUCAGAACUGUCAUGGGUGUCUUGUUGUCUUCACUCAAUAUCUACAUUUCAGAGUGGCCUUAUACUUUGGCCAGCCUAAGGCACACUUGUGCAAUAAUCAUGCUGUCAAAUCAGCAUCUUGAUUUGCUACACCUGUGAGGUGGGAUGGAUUAUCUCGGCAAAGGAGAAGCGCUCACUAACACAGAUUUAGACACAUUUGUGAACAGUUGGGAGAAUUAGGUCUUCUGUGUAUAUAGAAAAUGUUUUAGGAUCUUUGACUUCAGCUCAUUAAAAAUGGGAGCAAAAACAAAAGUGUUGCAUUUAUAUUUUUGUUCAGUGUGUUUCUUGCAAUGCUAGUCAGUUUUGCCUGAGUAUUAUCUACUCCUGACAGAUUUAGCAUACCGUACCACACUGUUUGUAUUUCUUCAUGAUUGAUAGAAAUUAAGUCCACCAAAUACUAAAACACUUGAUGUUCAUGUAUCCAUCCCAUGACUUGUCAAGGGAAAACUGGCUAUAAAACCGAUGAUUUGCCUGGAAAAAUACUGACUUAAUAUCAUAUCAUAGAUAAUAUGUAGUAUUUAGUUGGUCCAUUUAGUUAUGGGCUUUGAAAAUGGAAGGACUGUGUAUAAAAAUGGCUUCAAUUCCUUUAUGUUUUAUGCAAACAUUUUGCUCAACACCUUAAAUUUUAAAGUCAACACUACAAGCACAUUUGAACUUAUUGUGGUGGUGUACAGAAGCAAAUUUUUAAAUAAAUUGUGUCAUUGUCCAAAUACUUAUGGUACAUAUAUGACAAAGGGAGCGGGUAUGACAGUCAUGAUGUUUUGUUUUGUGGUGAGAUUGCACGAGUCAGUGCCAACAACUUUUUAGCAGGAGAUGUGUCUCUCGUGCUCCCUGUCCUCUCCUCUGCUGUCGCCUCCUUGUCUCCUCCCUCUGUGCGGCAGCGUCAGAGGAAAGGUGAACAGCUGCAGAAAGUGAGACUUAUCCCUUCUCUUCUCUGCUCUCCUGCACAACAGAAACAUUGUUCGUCUCUUUUGCUUCGCAGCAGAAACAGCAGAUGAUCAAAUUAGAGACUCUUCUCGGGUUGAAACAGCACACACGGACGCACACAGCUUCCCGAAAGAAUUAUAGCUCAUCUCUCAGCCGACGUCUUUCAUGUCUUUACACUUCCGCCACAUCCCACCAACAUCCCCAUCAGGAUCGCCGCAGCACUUCUGCAGUCAGGUUAUUAAGCACCGACGUUACGGAAGGCUCUGAGGGAUUCAUAUUAAUACUGCUUGUUCCUGUUCCUCAUCCUGUAAAUGUGAAGGGAACAGGAAAAAAUAACAGCUGAACUGCAGGUGACCUUAUUCUCGCGUUGCUAGCAGCCAUAUUGAACAUGUGUAGCGCUCACGGUGGAAGUCUGUCUCCAGGAUUGGAACAUUAAAAUGACAGGAAGUGUCAGAAACAAACCAGACCAGACGCAAAAACAGGGAAUGUAGCUAACUGUCAAAAGUGAAAACACAUAACGUGUUACAAUAUAUGAAAGUGCCCGAACAGGCAGAGCCGUUACAGUCCGCGUUGCAACAGUGACUCAGCCGGGAAAAGUAGCAGAGUCUCUAAUUCUGUACUGUACAUCAGGAAGCCCGAAGGCACAAAAAUACUUGCUGUUAAUUACACAAAUGUAUGACAUGACAUCACACGUAUCCUGUUUUUGUUUUGAGCAGUCUUUGCGCACAUCCUCCAAAGAUAACGUGACAUAACCACAAGUUGCAAUACCACUGUGAACCAUAGGGGGCAAUGUAACCACUGAUGAGGCACAAUUAUGUGAGCAGUACAAUAACAAAAUGAAAAUGGCAAAUUUUUUGAAAGAAACUGCAGUAUGUGUUUGUUCACAGUUUCUGUUUGCCAAAAAUAAUUUUUAAUCCUUCAAAUAUGUGAACAGUGACAACAGUGAGACAGGUUUUUUUUAUAUAUAUACUGCACAGUGAAACUGAAAUAUGUUUGUGCCUUCAGAACAUAUUACUGUACUCUGAGGUCCAUUCACAUUUUCAUGUUGUAUGGUUACAUUUCAGGCCAAGAAACCAUUCAUUCCCAUGUAACUGCCACACAACGAUAAAGUAGACUCUGCAUCGUGCUUCUACAUUUAAAACUCACUUUGUCUUGAUCGUACUAAACUAUAAGACAAAAAUAAGCAACAUCGUAUUAGCUAGCUGUGGCACAAUAUCUAAUAAAAUCAUUAAAUGUUCCAAACAGGAAUCAGUUUAUAGUCACAGAAAUAAAUUGUUUUGAAGUCA